AUGGAGUCGGGCUUCUUGGACAAAAUCAAGUCGGAGAUUCAAGAUUUCUUCAACCUUCCCAUGGAAGAGAAGAAGAAGCUUUGGCAACAACCAGGAGAUCUCGAAGGGUUUGGACAGGCUUUUGUUGUUUCAGAAGAACAGAAACUCGAUUGGGCAGACUUGUUCAUCCUUACAACGCACCCUGUUGAAUUACGAAGGGAUCACGUGUUCCCCAAGUUACCUCUUCCCUUGAGAGAUACAGUAGAGACGUAUUCGGAUGGAUUGAAAAGCAUAGCUAAGAUCUUAUUUGCUAAAAUGGCGAUAGCACUGAACAUCACCCCUGAGGAGAUGGAAAAGUUCUUUGACGAUGAUUUAGUACAGAGACUGAGGAUGAAUUACUACCCGCCUUGUCCACAGCCCGACCAGGUCAUUGGUCUGACUCCGCAUUCCGAUACUACAGGACUCACCAUCCUUUUGCAGGUUAAUGAAGUCGAAGGUCUCCAAAUCAAGAAAGAUGGCAAGUGGCUUCCUGUCAAGCCUCUCCCAAAUGCUUUCGUUGUCAAUGUUGGAGACAUGAUAGAGAUCAUGACGAAUGGGACAUACCGAAGUAUAGAGCAUCGUGGAGUUGUGAACUCAGAGAAAGAGAGGCUUUCUGUGGCAGCAUUCCACAACGUGGGAAUGGGUAAAGAAGUUGGUCCCAUGAGAAGUCUCGUGGAAAGGCAAAAGGCUGCGUUUUUCAAAACUGUGAGCAUCGAAGAGUAUUUCAAUGGCUUGUUCUCCCGUGAGCUCGGUGGAAAAUCUUACCUCGAUGUUAUGAGAAUCUAA